UGCCUAGACCUUUUAUAUUUGUCAAGCUCUCCCACCCACACCACACCCCAUUUUCUAUCAUCUGCUUUAGCUUCAACUCUAUAACCAAAUUACCCUUUUCUCUCAAAGUGCAGCUAACUGAAGAAGAUGGCAACUAAAGGGAUCAACCAAACCACUCAAAAGGAAAACAACAAGCCAAAUGGUUCCAUUUUGCAGAAUUCUAAUGAUACCACGGCUGCUGAGAACAUAAGUGCUAUCAGGAGUUGUGGCUUCAUGCGAUGCAGAUCAUCGGAAUUUUCGCCGGUAAGGUUUUUCAAACACCUCGGUGGCAAAGCAGCAAAAGGUUUAUAUGUGGCAGUGGUAUCCAUGAGAAUUAGGCCUUCCCAUAAGGUUUCUUCUUCUUCAUUAGGAAGACCGAAACCAUUUGAAACUCCUGUUGAUUCUCAUAGAAAUGCUGCCAUUGAAGACUGCAUCGAAUUUAUCAACUCUUCUGCUUCUUUGCCUAGAUCAAACUCUGUUUCUGCUUCAUAAUUCUCACUGAACUCUGUAGUUCAUGAAGAUAUUAAGCAACCUAUUCCUAGCAGUUACAUGUACAUUAUCGUUUUCUUUCCAGAUGAUCAAAGUAAAGGCUUGUUUAAUUUACUUAUGAAAAACAAUGGAGUAUCUUAUGGUUUGGUUUAUCCUACUGUGUACAUUCUGUUGGAGGUGCAUAUUUCAGUGAAGCUUACCGGCAAACUUGCUGUGUUUCAUAGGUUUCCAAAUCAGUCCAGUUCUAGCUAUAUUUUAUUCGUUUCUACCACUUUUUUUACCAAAAAAGCUUUCUAAAUAAAGUUAAUAGAAUAUUCAAAGAGGACGACUCGAACCAAGUGCAAAACGCUUAAGUUGAGACAGCAAUCACAUGGUAUGUUUUUCCAAUACCACAUGAUAUUAGAAUUUUUAAUUAGCUUUUUGACAUAGACUUGGCUGAGGAGGAGAAGCUAUGUUUUCUUCAAGGCAAAUAGUCUAUACCAACAGCAGGUGAAUAUGUUUGUGCUACUCUUUGUUGGUCCAGAGGGAUGGAGGAGGCUAGGUUAGUCGAAAAACCAAUAUCAACAUGCCAAGUUGUGUCACAUACAUCCUUAUCCUUUGUCAUUUGGCACCCAACAAUCACAACCUACGUAUCCAUCACGUUCUUUUUCAGCUAGUCAACUAUGACAGAAAUGAGUUAGAAAUCAGAUGUAAUAGAAUGUAACAAGAUCGUAACAGAUACAGAUCAUUGUUUGUUUUAUACUUGCGGUUGCAUAUGUGUGUAUAUAUAUCAUUGAGUUAAACCUUACAA